AUGCUCAUUGUUCUGUAUAUCUUUAUAAUUAUUAUCCUAAUCGCAUUUGGUAUCGUCUAUAUAAAAGUGAUUCGUCCUCAAAAACGUAUAUAUGAUAUAUUUCGUGCACAAGGAAUUAAUGGUGAACCAUUUGUGCCCAUCAUUGGUCAGCUUUCUGAAAUGCGUCGACAUCGACAAGCUGAUUUAAUUAUGACUUAUCAAGAAAAUCUAGCAAAAAAACAUGGAAAUAUAUUUUUAGUUUGCUUCGGCCCUAUAACACGUAUUGUUAUUACCGAACCUGAUAUGUUGGCUGAUGUAUUUAGUCGAGCAAAUGCACAAAAUUAUACAAAACCACCCAUGAUGGCUAAUGUGUUUCGACCAAUUAUUGGAGUACAGAAUUUAUUAGUUGGCCAUGGCUAUGAACAUGAGCGAGCACGUCGAAUGAUUAAUCCUGCUUUUCAUCAUAUUAAUCUUAAAUCUAUGAUUUCCAUUAUUACUGAUCAAACUGCUAAAACAAUUCAAGAACUUCUUUCUACAGUAAGUUCAAACGACGAAAAAGGAGCACGAGUUAAUGUACAAAUUCAAUUUAAUGCAUUAACAUUAUCUAUUAUUGCAUCGAGUGCAUUUGGAUCAGGUUUUGAAACAAUUACAAAUGCCAAAGAAAUAAUUUGUCGUACAUUUACUGAAUUACUUGAUGCAAUAGUUUAUCGUACGUUAUUUAUGGUCAAUCAAAUACCUAUAAUAUCGAAAUUACCUUUUUGGAAGAAGACUAUUGUUGAUAAUGGUGCUCGAUUGAUAUCGGAAUUAAUUGAUAAGAUAAUCACUGAACGUCGACAAGGACAUUCAACUAGUAUGUGUAAUGGUGCUGAUCUUCUCGAUUUACUUCUUUCAGCUGUUGAUGAUCAAGGAAUACCAUUUACUGAUGAACAAAUUAAAGAUGAAGCAUUAACAUUUGUAUUUGCUGGUAGUGAAACUACUGGUAAUCUUAUGUCAUGGAUAUUUUAUAUUCUUACAACUCAUCAUCAUGUCUUAGUCGCAUGUCAAGAAGAAGUUGAUAGAAUAUUACCGAAUGGUAUAGAACCAACAAAUGAACAUCUUUCUAAAUUAGUUGUAUGUGAAGCAAUAAUCAAUGAAACACUUCGUCUUUAUCCACCAGCACCACUUUUUACUCGUUACUGUACACAUGAACAUGUUAUUGGUACCGAACGUCAACUACGUAUACCUGUAGGAGCAACAAUUACGAUAAAUAGCUAUAUUCUUCAUCGUCGAAGUGAUCUAUGGGAUAGACCAGAUGAAUUUGAUUAUACUCGAUGGAUGCGUGAUCCAAAAACAGAUUUAAAACCAAAGCUACCUCAUCCAUUUGCUUAUUUGCCAUUUGCUGCUGGCUCACGUAAUUGUAUUGGACAAAAUUUUGCUUUAUUAGAAGCGAAAAUAAUGUUAGCAAUGUUUAUUCAACGAUGUAACUUUGAAUUAGUACCAGGACAGAAAAUAGUACCUGAUCUUAAAAUUACAAUGCGACCGAAAUAUGGUCUUUGGUUAAAUAUUAGUAAACGACAAAUAAAAAAGACCUAUACUAGAUUAUGUGAAUAA